AAUGUUUACUAAAUUAUUUAGAUUUUCAUUUUCUGCCACAACUAAAAAUCCAAAGGUAUUCUUUGAUAUUACAAUUAAUAAUGCCCCAAGUGGUAGAAUCAUCUUUGAAGUAAAUUAAUUAUUUAAAUAUUUAGUUAUUUGCAGAUGUCACACCUAAAACUGCAGAAAAUUUUAGAAAAUUAUGCAUUGGUGAUACAGUGUCUAAAAUAUCUGGAAAAACUCUUCAUUAUAAAGGUUCAGCAUUCCAUAGAAUUAUUCCAUCUUUUAUGUGUUAAGGUGGAGAUUUUACAAAUCAUAAUGGCACUGGUGGAGAAUCAAUUUAUGGAAGAACAUUUCCAGAUGAAAAUUUCACAUUAAAACAUAGUACACCAGGACUAUUAUCUAUGGCUAAUGCUGGACCAAAUACAAAUGGAUCUUAAUUUUUUAUCACCACUGUUCCAUGUCCUUGGUUGAAUGGAAAUCAUACUGUAUUUGGAAAAGUGGCAUCUGGAUUGGAAGUAUUAAAUGCAAUUGAAUAUUGUGGAACCUAAUAAGGAAGACCAUAAAAGAACGUUGUUAUCUAUGAUUGUGGUGAAUUGAAAUGAGU